GUGUCAUACCUCAAUGCCUGUUCUGUUAGAGGAGCAAGUCAUCGGGCUGCGGUAAUAUAAUUGCGUCACCGAGGGUAUAAAUACAGUGUACAGGAAGGCUUAUCUUUCUUUCCUACUGACGAGCAAAAUGUCCCAUAGGAAAUUUUCUGCUCCAAGGCAUGGCUCUCUGGGAUUUCUACCACGCAAGCGCAGUUGCAGACACAGGGGAAAGGUUAAGAGUUUUCCCAAGGAUGACCCCAGCAAGCCUAUUCACCUGACUGCUUUUCUUGGAUACAAGGCAGGCAUGACCCACAUUGUCCGUGAGGUUGACAGGCCUGGUUCAAAGGUGAAUAAAAAGGAAGUCGUGGAAGCAGUUACCAUUGUGGAGACUCCUCCCAUGGUUAUUGUUGGAAUUGUAGGUUAUGUCAUGACUCCACGCGGUCUCCGAAGUUUCAAGACUAUUUUUUCAGAACACAUCAGCGAUGAGUGCAAGCGUCGUUUCUACAAAAACUGGUACAAAUCCAAGAAGAAGGCCUUCACCAAAUAUUGCAAGAAAUGGCAGGAUGAGGAGGGCAAGAAGCAACUGGAGAAGGACUUUGCUUCCAUGAAAAAAUACUGCCAAGUGAUCAGAGUCAUUGCGCACACUCAGAUGCGUUUGCUGCCAUUGCGCCAGAAGUCUGCUCACCUGAUGGAAAUCCAGGUUAAUGGCGCAUCAGUUGCUGAGAAGGUUGACUGGGCUCGGGAGAAACUGGAGCAACAAGUCCCAGUUAAUACUGUGUUUUACCAGGAUGAAAUGAUUGAUGUCAUAGGUGUCACUAAAGGCAAAGGCUACAAAGGUGUUACUAGCCGUUGGCACACAAAGAAGCUGCCUCGCAAGACCCACAGAGGAUUGCGAAAGGUGGCGUGUAUUGGUGCUUGGCAUCCAGCCCGUGUUGCCUUUUCUGUUGCUCGUGCUGGUCAGAAGGGAUAUCAUCAUCGUACAGAAAUCAACAAGAAGAUCUACAGGAUUGGUCAGGGGUACGUAAACAAAGAUGGGAAGCUGAUCAAAAACAAUGCCAGUACAGAGUAUGAUCAGUCUGACAAGAGCAUCAACCCUCUGGGUGGCUUUGUGCAUUAUGGUGAAGUGACCAAUGACUUUGUUAUGAUAAAGGGCUGUGUGAUUGGUACAAAGAAGCGGGUUCUCACACUGAGAAAGUCUUUGUUACAACAGACAAGCCGCCGUGCCUUGGAGAAGAUAGAUCUGAAAUUCAUCGACACUACCUCCAAGUUUGGUCAUGGGCGGUUCCAGACAAUGGAAGAGAAGAAAGCUUUUAUGGGACCAGUUAAGAAGGACCGGAUCGUCAAAGAUGAGACUGCUUAAGUCCAGCUGUCUGCUAAUAAACAUUGUCCUGCACAGUGUUUGGAUGUUCAAUAAAAAUAUUAAAACAAA